AUGGGCAUCGACGAGAUCGACACUCUCUUGGAGCGUUACCUCCUGUUACUUGAUGAAUACACCACCCUCCGCGCCAACCUCAACGCCCUACAGGCUGGUAUCUACCAGAAUAUUGCGAGAGCCAACUUCUCAGCCGAGCGAGGCAUGAGAUUCGGCCAGAACCACUACGAUGACCGGGUUCAGGCCUCUCGGAAGUUGGAAAUCUCUCUCGACGACAACGGAUGCGCCGUAUUCAAGGUAGCUGGUGCAACUUUGGACCAGACAGCACCACAAAAGUGCCAAACGGAAGCUGCAGCCGUCGGUGCGCAAGAUCCCGCCCAAGAGGAGACAGAUGCCAACGUGUCUCACAAUGGCAAAGAGCCACUAGUCCAUGAAGACAAGGCCCCUCGAAGAAAGAAUCCGUUGCAAUGGUUUGGCCUGUUGGCGCCGCUCCCUCUACGUCAAGCUCAGGCUCAAAACGUCAAAGCUGUGGAAGAUAUCAUACCACGGCUUGUCACGGUCAAUGCUGAGAUGGAGCAAGUUGAGAUAGCAGUACGGAGAGCAAGAAAAAAGCGUGGCAAGGCGGAAGCCACGGCAAAGAAACAUCAGGAGGAGGUACAUCGACAGGAGGAAGCGACGGCAUGA